GAGAAACACUAAAACCUUUUUGCAAGGAUCUGGCAAGACCAUUGCAAAUUGCUUGUAACGGGAUCGUCAAUCUCAAUGGAAAGUUAACGAUACUCAAUUUAAAUUGAUUGCAGUUAGAUUUGUGCAGUGUCAUUAGGUCAAUUAAAUACGCAUUACGACGGUAAGAUUGGCGCUGUCAAUUAGGAUUUGCUGUGAUAUCCAUCAAUCCUGCCAUAAUGGGGACGCUAAGCACUCAACAAUCUGCAUGCAGUCAUGUUGCCAACGUUCAAGCGAAUAAAUCGUCCGACAAAUGAACCGCUGCAUCGACGGCAUCGCCUUCGCCGUCGCCGUCGCCGCCAGCUGCUGUUGGUGAAGCAAGUGCAUCAACAUGGUGCAAGUUGGCUCGAGCCACAAAUGCAGCGAGGUAAAUGAAACCGCCCACAGUCGCUCCCUAUUUGACCAAAAUCAUUUUUUUUCUCUGAUUUUUGCCUUUUUGCAGCAGCUGCUACGCAACGACGCCAUCUUUUUUUGCACAACGGCGGCUUUCAUGAGGCGAUUGCGCCAGGUGAGCAUCUGUUUUGGAAAAUGCGGCGCCCGUUAUGAUUAACCAAUUUAACCAAUUUUAUCAUUCCACCAUUCCCCAUUCCACAAUCCACAUUUUCCAACUCCCAAUUCCAAUCAAAGUGCUCGUUAUAGCCCAAUGCUUCAGUUUGAUGCCCGUAUGCGGCAUUUAUGCUGCAACUGCGCAGGGAUUGCGCUUCAGCUGGCGUAGCUGGCGCACCUGGUACAGUGUGCUCUGCAUUUGCAGCCUCAGCGUGGACACGAUCUUCACCAUUAAUAUGACGGCACACAGUCUGCUCGAUGUGCGUAAUGUGGAACCCAUAAUAUUCCAUGUGUGCAAUCUGCUGGGCUUUUGUGUCUUCCUUCAACUGGCGAGAAAGUGGCCAACAUUAAUGCGUCAUUGGGCUGCCGUGGAGCAACAGUUGCCGCCCCAUCAGAACUGGAAACAACGCGAGCACCUCGCCCGGCGAAUUCACCAAGUCGCUAUGCUGCUGUUGUCGCUUUCCUUGAUGGAGCAUCUGCUCAGCAUCAUUGCCUUUGUGUAUCAUGAUUUGUGUCCGUCUCGCAGGGAUCCCAUCGAUUCGUAUUUGUUUGCCACUGGACCGCAGCUCUUCCACUUGUUUGCCUACUCCAAUUGGUUGGGUUGGCUGGGCAAGCUGCAGAAUGUGCUGCUCACGUUCAGCUGGAGCUACAUGGAUAUAUUCCUCAUGUUGCUGGGCAUUGGUCUAAAUGAUUUGCUCACUCGACUCACGUGUCAUCUGCAGCAUGCCGUACAGCAGCCCAUGCCUGAGGAAUUUUGGACGCACACACGCAAACGUUAUCGCGCCAUUGUGGAGCUCAUCUAUGAGGUGGACGACGCCGUCUCCGUCCUCAUCAUAGUCUCCUUUGGCAGCAAUUUGUAUUUUGUCUGCCUGCAGCUGCUCAAGAGCAUAAACACGAUGCAAUCGACAGUGCACGCAUUUUACUUUUACUUCUCGCUAUCGUUUCUGAUAGGCCGAUCCACAGCCGUGCUGCUUUUCGUGUCCUCGGUGAAUGAUGCGGCACGCGAUCCGCUGUUGCAACUUCUGCGCCAAGUGCCACACGCCGGCUACAGCGAUGAAGUGUCGCGGUUGGCCAGCGAAUUGUCAGCGGACAAUGUGUCGCUGAGUGGCCUCAAAUUCUUCAGCAUUACCAGGAAGCUAUUUCUGUCGGUCGCGGGCAGCAUUGUUACCUAUGAGCUGGUGCUCAUACAGUUUCACGAGGAUAAGAAAUCAUGGGACUGCCACACACAGCAGCCGCUUAACUGAAAAUUGCAAAUGAAAAUAUUUGGAGGAAAAUGGUAAUCCCAAAAAACGAAAAACGAAAUUGAAACUCAAAGAGACAAACACAUAAACACACAAAGCACUUAAUCAAGAAAUGUUACACUGCACAACACACAAAACAAAACACAUUUUGUCCAGUUGUCGCUGGUGGGGAGUGAACCAGUUUUCUUGAGUGAUGCAAUGC